GAGCUCACUUGAGUGGAGACAUUCAAGAGAACAACAUGUUCUACUAUUGUCUCCCGACUUGUCUAGGCUGUGGCUUCAGGAAAGCCAAGACACAGAGUCUUUUCAGUCACUACACACAUUGGCUUGGCCCUCACCUGCACCGCCUCUGGCCAUUUGGCAGGAGGAGACCUCAGAGCUGCACAUAGGAGGUGGUCGAAGAGCUGACGGAUGGCUUCGGGUACUCCAUCUUCCUGGACAUGGGGCAGCUCCACCAUGCCACCAUCAAUAACCAGGGCUGCUCCGAGUGUGAAGAUGAGUCCACUCUGUCUGUAACUGAGGCCUGCAGGAUGCGUGCCCUCCAGGCAGGCAUGAUGCAGAGGCUCUCAGAGUCUGUGCUGCCAGCCUUCCCCAGCAGAGUCCUCUGCAGUGUCAUCAACUCCCUCUACAGCUACUCAGGCUCCAGCACUUCCCACCAGGUCCUGGACCAGCUGUCUCCCAGUGGUAUCUAUUUCCUGCUGGGAACCUGGCUGUGCCAAGGGCAGGAUUGCAGGGAGUCCCUGCAGUUUCCCUGUUGGACCCUGCAGCUGGACACUCUGCAUGUCAGCUUUGGUGGCUCACACGUGGAGGGCCAUGCCUACCUUCUGCCAGGCCACCUGGAGCACCUGAAGGCCAUUGAGGCCAAACAGAAAGAGCCAGCUCCAAAGCUCCUGCCACUUCCAGAGCCAGAGCCAGUGUCAGCACCUGGUCUAGAGCCAGCUGCACCUCCAGUGUCACCACCUGUGUUAGAGCUGAAGCCAGCAGCCCCUGAGUUGGCACCUCAAGGGCCAGAGCAAGGGCCACCAUUAAAGGCAGCCCCAGAGCCAGCUCAUGCACUGGAGCCCACUGGAGGCUGACCUCCACUCAGCCUUCCAGUUCCAUCUUCACCAGCCACGAGCCCUCCAGAUCCAGCCCCGGAGCCCACCUGCCCCUGGGCUGUGACCACCGAGGACCAGCUGCGGGAGGAGAAGCCGAACAUCUUGGACUUCCCUCCCCAGCUGGUGGCAGAGCAGCUGACGAGGAUGGCUGCGGAGCUGAUCAAGACAUUGGUGCCCGCCCACUGCCUCGGCUCCAUCUGGUCCGAGCGAGACAACAGGGAACGCGAGUACCUGGCACCCACCGUCCGUGACACUGUGACGCAAGACAACACCGUGGCCAAUUGCAUCCUCGUCACCUGCCUUGGGGACCUGAGCAUGACAGCACAGGACAGGGCCAGGGUAGUGGAGCUCUGGGUCUGUGUGGCUGAGGAGUGCCGAGGCCUCGGAAACUUCUCUUCCCUCCACACAAUCCUUUAUGCCCUGCAGAGCCCUACCUUUACCCGUCUCCAAGACACCUGGGGACAAGUUUCCAGGGAGAGUUGUCGAACUUUUAAGAAGUGGUGCAGGAGAGAGCAGCGCGUGAACAGGGAGCUGCUCAUGCAGGGUGUCGUCCCCUCCAUGGUGACAUUCUUCAGUUCCCUGGAGCUGCUGGAAGCUACGAUGGUGGAUUAUGUGGAGGGGAAUGUGCUGAACUGUCGGAAAUGGAAUGAGGAAUUCAAACUGAUGGAGGAGAUCGAGCUGUUCCAGGAGGCUGCAAAUCUGUACACCGUGCAGCCUGACGAGCACAUUAGGGCCUGGUUCCAGGCUGUGGAGCCCCUGAGCAAGGAGGAGAGAUGAGGCGGGUCAGGAGUUGGGGGAGGGCAGGGCAGACUCUCUCUGCUGACCAGCUCCAGAGCCCAUGACGGUGGCUUCAUGGUCAGCCUCAGAUCUGGUGGCAUCGCGACCCCUGGGGCCCUUGGACUCCACCUACGGGCAGGCUCCAGGACGCACAUGUCAUGUGUGGCUCCUGAGAGCUCCCAGCUCUACUCUGUCCUGUAGCUACAGCCUGUCCUGCCAGCUGGAGCCCCGAUACCACUGGGCCAGAAAGAUUCGAUUUGUCUUCAAAGACAAGAAGAACCGCUCAGGACAGAGCACCAGACCCCCAACCAAACGCCCAGUGGUGGUGAUCCAUGACCCUCCUGAGACCAGCUGAACUACAGCACGGACACAGUGGGUACACUCAGGGUGCACAGGGCCACGUCCUCUGAUUCUGACAAGGAGAACUUUGUGAUCCAUUUCCUGGGGUCCCCUGGAGGCCAUGAAGGCAGGCACCAAACCCUCUUCUCCCUCCCCGCUUUUCCCCAGCACCUAUUUCCGUAUUUGCAGGGGCCGUGUUUUUGUUGUCAAUGGUAAAUGGUCCGUUUGAGUAUUAUAUUAAA